UCAUUUCCUCACUCUGUUUUUUGCGCUUUACAUGGAAUACAUUUUACUGCUUACCCGGGACUGACGAUGAAGAUCAAACGUCCUAGGGUUUCAUUCCCAAUCACUUAAAUUAAAAACUUCGAAAGGGGAAUCCUGACCGAUUGAAGUUGUUUAGAGCAUCUAAUUCUCUAGAUCUACUGCUGAUGUCUAGGUGUUUAUCUGAUUUGGGUUUUCGAGUCAUCCGAGAGGUUUCUGUCUGUGGAAUCGGAUCAUUUUCUGAGGGAUGGAAAGAUCUAUGGUUGUAGAAUCAGAUAGUGGUGGCUGAUCUAUCAUUUGUGGUAGGCUAUUUGUUACAACUAGCAAUUUGACAGAAGAAAAAGAAGUAAAAAAGUAGAAGAGAGAGAGGAAAAUGGAGUGCAAUAAAGACGAGGCCACCAGGGCAAAAGAAAUUGCCGAAAAGAAGUAUACAGCAAAGGACAUUGCUGGUGCGAAGAAGUUUGCUUUGAAGGCCCAAAAUUUGUAUCCUGGGCUUGAGGGUCUUCCACAGAUGUUAGCUACUUUUGAUGUUUAUAUCUCGGCAGAGAACAAAAUAUGUGGGGAAGCAGACUGGUAUGGGAUCCUUGGUGUGAGUCCCUCGGCUGAUGACGAGACAGUUAGGAAACAGUACCGGAAGUUAGCUCUCAUGCUUCACCCUGACAAGAACAAAUCAGUCGGGGCUGAUGGAGCAUUCAAGCUUAUUUCAGAGGCCUGGAGUUUGUUAUCUGAUAAGAUCAAGAGAACAGCAUAUGACCAGAAACGCAAUGUCAAAGGAUUUCAGCAGAAGGUUCCUCCUCCCACUGGAGGAACAUCAGCACCACCUGGCGGGAACGGUUUUCAUAAUUUCGGUCGCUCAACAACCUCAAACAGUAAACCUAAGAAAACUGCUGCUCCACGCCCACCACCGGCACCUGCUUCAGCACGUCUGUCAAAAUCAGAUACGUUUUGGACUGCAUGCAAUCGAUGCAAGAUGCAAUACGAGUAUCUCAGGGUAUAUCUCAAUCACAACCUUCUUUGCCCGAAUUGCCAUGAGCCUUUUUAUGCAGUAGAGAACUCUCCCCCACCUCCAAACGGUUCCAAUGCUCCAGCACCAUGGACUUCCUCUCAGCAGCGUCAGAAUUCAAACCAUGCAACUAAAAAGAAUGCCUAUGCUCAUGGAAGAAACGCUCCUGCUUCUGCUUCUGCUUCUGCUCCUGCUUCUGCUCCUGCUUCUGCUCCUGCUCCUGCUCCUGCUCCUGCUCCUGCUCCUGCUCCUUCUCCUGCUCCUGCUACUGCUCCUGCUGCUGCUCCUUCUUCCAACAUGAGAGCAGGUGGGUUUCCAGGUCUCGAUUCAUUCAAUCACACAAAUUUUCAUUGGGAUCCAUUCUCUAGAGCGGCUGGUGUUGGUAGUGCAACUGCCCCAGGUUCUGCUGCUGGUCAAGCUCCAACUGUGGUUCAGCAGGCCUAUGACAAAGUGAGGAGAGAGCGUCAGGAGGUUCCAGUGGAUGGAAGAAGAGAGGAUGCACUUCAGAGGAAGAAUCAUGUCUCUAAGAGGAUGGCUGGUGGUUUGUCUACUGGGUUUUCUAAUUCUGGUUCUAGCCAUGUUGUCAAAGGAGAGAGACCUGUGAAAAAACGAAGAGGCUUGAAUGGUGAAGGGAGAAACACUUCUGGAAAUGAGAAGACAUCUCAAACUUCUGCAGGAAUUGGGUAUGGAAAUGGAAUUGGAUCUAAACAGGGAAGUCCAGAAAUGGAAAGGGUUUCUGGUGUAUCUGGUAAUAAGCCUAAUGGUUCAAGAGAGUUGUCACAGCAAGAACUCCGAACAAUGUUGAUGGCGAAGGCACGGGAAGAAAUUCGGAAGAAGUUAAAUGAAUGGAGCUUGGAUGCUGCAGCCAGAGCUGCUGACAAGGUGAAAGAGAAAGAAAAGGACAAAGAGAAAGCUACUAUAAAUGGCAGGACAUGUGAUCAAAAUAAGGGUGGUGCUGAAUCUGUGGAUAUCAAGAAGAAAAUUCAUUCUGACCAGAUUUUGCUUGGCACUUCUGGUGCUGAUUCAGAUACAGAAACCAUUGAACUGAUGUCAAUCAGUGUUCCUGAUCCAGAUUUCCAUGAUUUUGACAAGGACCGAGCUGAAAGAUCAUUUGGAGAUAACCAAGUCUGGUCUGCAUAUGACGAUGAUGAUGGAAUGCCUCGUUAUUAUGCCAUGAUUCAUAAGGUGAUAUCCUUGAACCCUUUCAAAAUGCGUAUCAGUUGGCUGAAUUCAAAAAGUAAUAGUGAGCUGGGCCAAUUAAACUGGGUUGGUUCUGGUUUCGCUAAAACUUGUGGGGAUUUCAGGAUAGGAAAAUAUGAAGUCAAUGAGUCACUCAACUCUUUCUCACAUAAGGUGAGAUGGAUGAAAGGCACACGCGGAGCCAUCCGAAUAUUUCCCAAGAAGGGCGACGUUUGGGCCCUCUAUAGGAAUUGGUCUCCCGACUGGAAUGAGCUUACACCUGACGAAGUAAUACACAAGUAUGACAUGGUUGAGGUGCUGGAUGAUUAUGAUGAGGAGCAAGGUGUAACCAUCAGUCCUCUAGUUAAGGUUGCUGGUUUCAAGACAGUUUUCCACAGACAUUUGGAUCAAAGGGAAGUCAAAAUGAUCCCGAGGGAGGAGAUGUUUAGGUUCUCACAUCAGGUCCCUUCUUACAUGCUUACUGGUCAAGAAGGUCCAAAUGCUCCUAAGGGUUGUCGGGAGCUGGACCCAGCAGCUACACCAUUGGAACUUCUUCAGGUGAUUACAGAGGUCAAGGAAGAAGAUAUUAUGGAGAAUGCUGUGAAAUCUGUGGAAGAAGCGAUGGUUCAGACUGCUGAAAAAACUAACAGAGAAUAUAUGGUGGAGAAUCCCCAAAAAGAUGAAGAAGAGAUUGUCAAGAACAUCAAAGAAGCUGAUGCAGAAAAGAUGGUGGAGAAUAUCAUAGAAACCAUAGAAGAAAGGAUGGUGGAGAAGGCUGAAAAACAGCCAUUUUAACGAGUCUUGGAAUAUGUGGGUUUGUCUGAAGCAGCAGUGGAAAUUAACCUUUUUGUGUACAAUUAGACCUGUUUGAUCCAACAUUUCGUGGGUUUGUUUGGCUGUUCACUGUUGGGACUGGAGAGUUUCAUCUGGAGUCACAUGUAAAUGCUGUAAGGCUGAAUCUAACCUCAUUUUUGUCUACAACUUGAAAAUAGUUUAGAAGAGGUAUAGUUCAAUUUAUCUUGGAACUGAAUACUCACUAAGGUGCUCUCUCUAUGAGCUGGAGCUUCUUUCAAGAAUCUGUUAGUGUGGUCUGUAUUUACUUCCCUACAAGAAUUGGUUUUGACCCCGAAGAGCAAUUUGCCUAGCAGUUGCAGCUGUCAAACACAACCCCACCUCAGCUGCCAAAUUUUCUCUUGUAUCUUACAAUGCUUUACUUCGUUUUUGUUCUUAUAGUAGAAUAUGAGGAAAUUGCAGUUUUUUCUUCUAUGCCUGAAGAAUUAUUUUUUGUUGGUUCUGAUUAUGAACCCAAAAGAAAUAGAAUAUAAGCUGAUUUCCAUUUAUUGCUCAAUUCUCUCUUCUUGAUUGAUAUUUCUGCACUUCAGAAAAAAAAAAUUAGAUCUGUUUUUUUUUUCUUCCCUCGGGGACUUUCGGAUUGUACAGAAUGGUAAUAUGCAUGACAAGUUUACUUUUAUUUUGUUUUGGUUCAGUUUCUUGCUUAUAAACUUCUUAAAAUUCCCUUUGUUCUCU